AUGUCACGGCUGAGUAUAGACAAGCCUGUCCCUAUGUGGAAAAUCCCUCUGUCUCAAACUGCUACUCUCCGCAGACACUUGACAAAUGUUAUCUCAACAAUUCUUACAGCGAUCCUUAUAAAUCAGGCCAGUGUUAUUGCAGUUAAGCAGUGUGGUGUAGUUGAAUACAACACAGCAUACUUGGAAAAGAUCGAAGAAAAGCUAGGGAAACCAGGGCAAAUAACCUGGAUCUGUGCUGAUGCUAUAAACUCCUUGGGGCAGACCGCCCUGUUCACAGCUGCUUUACUUGGCCUUGGGAAAUUGGUCGAUAUUCUUUUGGAUUUUGGUGCAGACCCUAAUCAUCGCUGUUAUGAUGGGAGUACUCCAGUGCAUGCUGCAGCUUUCUCAGGCAACCAGUCAGUUCUUACUAAGUUGCUGGAGGCAGGUGGAGACUUGCGAGUCCAUGAUGAAAAUGGAAAGAACCCAGAGAACUGGGCAGCGUCUGCUGCAAAGGAAAGUAGCAUCCAGAUGUUGGAGCUUAUCCAGCGUUGCACAGCACACAUGCAGGCCACUCUGCUGAAUCACACCUUGCUGUACAAGGUUCGUUCUCCGAGAGACCUUGUAUACAACCCUUCCAGGUUUGGGGGCAUCACACAAGGAAGGGACCACAGCCCACUGGGAAGAUUUCUGAAAGGUUCGAACAGUUCUGAAAAGUGCAAACAGUUUGGGCGAAUUUUCAGCUUUGGCUUUGGGAAGUUUUAUCUCACUGGCAGCAAACAAUUGGGCUAUCUAUCAUCACUCCCACUCAUUACAGAAAAAGAACUGUUCCAGGCUGACGAUGAACGGACCUUCUCAUUUCCUGGUGGGCCAUACAUGAUUAUGACCAAUUUGAUGUGGGGCGUGACCCGGGUAACAGUGAAGGAGCUGAAUCUAAAACCCCAUCGGAACUGCAGCAAGCAGCACCUGGCUGACCUGCUGCUUGCAGAAAAGGAGUAUAGCAGUAAACUCCGUCACCCGCAUUUGCUGCUGUUGAUGGCUGAGUGCUUGUCCAGUGACUUGGAGAGAACCCGAUUAGUGUAUGAGAGAGUUAACUUUGGCUCGCUCUACAGCAUCCUUCAUGAGAGGCGCUCAGAGUUUCCAAUUGUGCACGCUGAAACGAUUGUGCACUUGCUGCUCCAGGUGAUUGAGGCCUUGCAGUUCCUGCACAUACAUGGUUUCGUCCACCGAACAGUCAGCUCCUACGCCAUAAUGGUUGUAAUGACUGGUGAAGCCCGACUCACCAACUUGGAGUACAUGAUUGAAAGCAAGGAUGGUGGAGAACUCAGCAACCUGACCCGGGUGCCCAUCUCCUCUCAGCUGUUCAGAUGGUGUUCACCAGAAGUGAUCCUUGAAAAGUCUGCUACGGCCAAAUCAGACAUCUACAGCUUCUGUGCUGUGAUGCAGGAGGCGCUCACAGGUACGCUUAAGGAGGCAGAAUGUUAG